AUGGAAGAAACAACGACAUGUCAAGCCGCCCAACAUGGCGCUGAUCGCAGAACGAGGGAACUAUAUCGCUAUUAUCAGCCCGGUGGCCCAACACACUCUCUCCCCGCUUGGCUCUCCGCCACAGGAGAGAGUCGAUCAGCUGGAUCGACGGGCAGUUCAAGCACCCCUGUGCGUGAUAGUUCGGUAGCAGGUUCCAAUAGUAGUGCGACCUCAACUCCCUCCACUGCAAUCGGACCGGAGGCGUUGGUCCUUGGAUUAUCCAAUAACACCUUGACUUCGUUUGCACAGCUUGCGGCACUACGCCUGAAUGUGGAACGAGCUUUCAUAUGUGUUCUCGACCGAGAUAUGCAAUACAUACUUUCUGAGGCCACGAAAUCAGUUAGUCUGAAUGACCACUCGGUCCACAACGAUAAAGAUGCGAUUUGGUCUGGAAACACGAACGGCGAGAAGCCAUGGAGCCUGUGUAAAGACACUGUUGCCCUUCCAUCUUCCGAUCGCGAAACUGCCGACUAUUCGUACCUCGUUGUCAAUGACCUAUCCAGGAAUGAACGUUACAGCAACCUUCCUUUUGUUCAAAACGAUCCUCAUUUUCGAUUCUACGCUGGAACGCCCCUGACCACUCACAAUGGUAUAAAUCUAGGAUGUUUUUUUAUAUUGGACAAGGAACCUCGUGAUGGAUUGGAUGCAUUGGAAAAAGACACACUCGGGUCAGUGGCCAUGCUUGUUAUGGAUUAUCUGAAAGUCUGCCGACAGGCUUCAGAGGGUCGUCGAGCUGCACGCCUCUCUCGCGGACUGAGCUAUUUCGUCGAGGGAAGCUCCAGCUUUGUGGAAAGUGCCGAUCCCUCGCGGGCCGACAGCUGUCCAUCUCAAUCUGUGACCCCAUCAAUGAACAAUCAUCUCAGCACUUUUGGCGAUUCGCGAGGGAGCAGCCAUGAUAACUCCGUCCAAUUCGAUCAAACUUCCCAGAACGAGAGAGCAUCUCAAGCAUCAGGCCAAUCAAACAGCCCGCCCAACGAUCGGAGCAGCCACGGAAACUCCGUCCAAUUCGACCAAUCAUCUCAGAACGAGAGAGUAUCUCGAGCAUCGGACCAAUCAAAUAGCCCGCCUAACGAUCGAUCUCCGAGCAAUGAUGCGCAAUCUGUUAGCUCUGGAGGCUCUAAAUUAGACACCGGUACCUCCGAGUGGAUCACCAGCAGCAGCAGAAACCGACUUCCUCCCGACGACUCGCAUGGCAAUUCCUGGGUUUUUCGCCGGGCCGCGAAUUUGCUUCGUGAAAGCUUGGAUUUGAGACAAAACGGCGGGGUCAUUUUCCUUGAAUCUCAAGGCACUCCUUUCUCCAGUCGAGAUAGCGGGAGUGAGGACUCGAUGAGUGAUUCUACUGGUUCUGCAACUGUCUUAUCCAUGUCGACAGAGGACGAGCCAUUUGCGCCUCGGGCGGGCGCAAUCAGUGAUUCCCCGGCGGCCUCCCUCGAUCGGUCAUUUUUGCAAUUGCUCCUUCGACGAUAUCCCAAAGGAAAGAUCUGGUCCUUCCAUCGAGAUGGCCUCAUUUCCACAUCUGACGAUGAUGACGACUUGAAUUCGCGUGGCUCGACCUCCACUCCUUCCAAUAGGUCGCCCCCAGGAGUUCCUCCAAUUGACGUGACAAAGCCCUUUGGUAAGGGGAAAAGGCGAAAGGCUGCAGAAAACACCAUGUUGAAUCAGUAUUUCCCUGAAGCAACGCAAAUUAUGUUCGUUCCGCUAUGGAAUGCUGUGAACUCGCAAUGGUUUGCCGGGUGCUUUUGCUGGAUUAAUGUUGAGACACAAGUUUUCAGCUCUGCCGUCGAACUGAGCUCUGUUCUGGGCUUUGGAUCUUCUGUCAUGGCUGAGUAUAGUCGAGUGGAAUCGCUCAUCGCAGAUCGACAAAAGGGUGAUUUUAUCGGCAGCAUAUCACACGAGCUCCGCAGUCCUCUUCACGGAAUCUUAGCUGCAGCUGAAUUCUUGAACGGCACGAGCUUGACCGAAUUCCAAGACUCGCUUCUUGGGACAGUAAAUGCCUGCGGUCGGACUCUUCUUGACACGAUGAAUCAAGUCCUAGACUUCAGCAAGGUUGUUUCUCUGGAGCGAACAUGGCGAUCACUAAAGCGCAGGAAAGAGUCACCACUCGACUUUAGAGGCAUAGACAAUCUAGGCUCACAUCUUGACUCUUACGUGGUGACGGACCUCGCGCUCCUAGCCGAAGAAGUUGUUGAAGGAAUAUGCCUGGGCCUGGUCUAUGGAAAUAAAUCUGGGGCUUUUGCCGACCUGUCGGUUUUUUCGUCCGGCAAUGUCGCCAAGGUCCAAUCAGGUCGAUCUCAAGUGGAUGUGAUCAUUGAUGUGGCGCCAGGCGAUUGGGUUUAUCGCACACAACCAGGCGCAUUACGGCGCAUUAUCAUGAACAUAUUUGGAAACGCAAUGAAAUAUACGGACUCGGGGCGAGUAACCUUGAGCCUCGAAGCUUCUAGUCGUUCAGAAGGCCGUUCUCGUCGGCAGGGCUUAGAGGAUCUAGUUACACUGACCGUAACAGAUACUGGUCGCGGUAUUUCGGAAGAGUUUCUUCGCGGAAAGCUAUACACCCCAUUCGCCCAGGAAGAUUCGCUCGCUGUGGGAACCGGCUUAGGAUUGUCAAUCGUCAAGAGUCUGGUGAAAGCCCUCAAUGGCCACAUUCGCGUGCGUUCUCGCCCCGGCGAGGGCACGGUAGUGCGUGUUUCUCUUCCUCUUGCGCGAGCAGUCGGCGAGGAAAGUCCCCCUGUCGACCAGAGCUCCCAUAACCCACAGCAAAUAGAAACACUGACGGAAACCCUUCUUCUUCGUGAAGGGUUUCCUGGUAAACGUGCUGCUAUUUGGGGUGUGGACCCGGAGCGUCUCGCCGAGGACCAGACCUGGGCCGAGAUAGCGAAAUAUCUCACCGAGUGGUUUGGGGUGGAGCUCGUUGCUUGGCCAUCACCGCUACCCUUGGAUAUGUUGGUCAUAGAGGAAUCAGUGUUGCCCGAACUGCGCAAAACGCCACUCACUGCAACAUUACCAUCAUUGCUCAUCCUUUGCCACCAACCAGUAGAUUAUGCUCUGGCGCAGACUGAAUGGCUCGCGCUUGCAACCUCGGUGGAUAUUAUUCGACGCCCCUGCGGGCCUCAUAAACUGGCUCGCAGCGUUCUGAAAUGCUUCCGGAAUUCUCGCUCCACAGUGGUGACGCCCGCGAGUGUCCUUAGCAAUCCAAUGGAUUCUAUCGACUUUGUCUACCGGUCACCCCCGAUCACCUCCGCGAUCAAUUCUACUUUCAUGUCGCCGGUUUCUGUUUCAAGCUCUGCUGCUUUUGAUGAACUUUCAUUAGCAGUCGCCGCCGGGUCGAGUCUCAAGUCUAUAGGCGAAUCUCCCACCGAUAUUCCGUCAGUGGUACCCGAAUUAUCAGAGGUCAUCGCAGCGUCUGCUCCCCCAGCGCCAUUGGUAGAGGACACCAUUUCCUCUUCACGACUAGCACGCGUCCUCGUCGUCGACGAUAACCGAAUCAACCUCAACCUGAUGAUGACUUUUAUGAAGAAGCGGAAUCUCACCGAUCUUGCGUCCGCGGAGAAUGGCAAGCUCGCCGUCGAGGCGGUCGAGCGAAUGGAAAUGGGCUUCGAUAUCAUUUUCAUGGAUAUAUCAAUGCCUGUGAUGAACGGAUUUGAAGCAACACGCGCCAUCCGGGCCAGGGAGAAAGAAAAUGAAAACCGCAGGCCGGCUGUCAUUAUCGCUCUGACUGGGCUCAGCAGUUCACGGGAUGAAUCUGAAGCCCUCUCCUCCGGUGUGGAUAUGUUUCUUACCAAACCAGUUUCCUUCCGAGAAGUAUCGCGUCUUUUGGCAGAGUGGGAGGCGAAUGGACUGGAGAAGGAACGAAAUAUUGCCUGCAAAUUUGAUUGA